AUGGCGCGAGCGACAAAGAAGCAGGGCACGAAGCGGCUCCUCCAUGAGUGUACUGUGGAGGAGCUCGAAGAGGAGUUGAAGAAACGAAAGACACAAGAAGCGGCCGAGCAUCGAGGACAGUACGGACCCAGUGCGAAGACUUUGAGCCGAAAGGUGGCGACAAAACGACUUGGCAAAAUCUUCAAAAAGGUGGCAUUGAAAAAACCCGGAUCUGGUGGAAACGAGUUCCCCAAAGAACAUGCUCUGUUCUUGCUCAAGACUCAUCCCAGCAUAGCUGGGGAUGCUUUCUCUAAACGGACAGUGCUAUCCUUUUUCAUUCAAGCUCAAGUCGACCUAGCAACAGUUCAUGCAGUAUGCAGCAUCAUGAAAGACUAUUUACCAUCUUGCAGUGAUAGCGACAAUUUGCAAGCAUGCUUGGAAAGUUCUUAUGACUUCUACCGACCUCCAAACCCCAUCGCCGACGCUUGCCUGUACGGUCCUUGUGCGGAAGGAGUUCUACCGUAUUUGCUCGACUCUUUUCCUGACUACAUUACAGGACCAGACGUUGAAGACGAUGAUGGUGGUACAAGCCCUCUUGACCUUCUCUUCAACAGGCUGAUGUCUAUUUGGCAGGACGAAGAAGUCAAGACCCUGGCACCUCCAACAAUUCACGAGCUUGGCGAGACUCUGGACGCCCUGCUUGCUGCAGAUCCUGGCUUGCUAGAUGCAGUCAAUACAUCAUUUUUUGUGCAACAUGCCAUAGUUUGCAAGUCAACGACAGCAGACAAACUGCUACUGCUGUUCGACAGAUUCGCGGCAAAGGAAGAUCCAGACGACGAGCUCUACGUCAGUCUCGAAAACCAGAAUUUGACGAUUGGCCAUGUCCUGGCACUAUCCAAAUUGUUUCCGACUAUGAGCAAGUUUACCCUUGAAGUUGAAGAGAACAUUCCACGUGAAGUCUACCAGGCACUUCUUGGAGCCCUGCACGGCCACACCUUUGAAGAAUUGGACAUUCCUCUUGUACCGGAGUGUUUGAAUCGCGACGGCUGGUAUCACAUCAUGCAAGAUAUUGUCGAAAAGAGCAAAGAUCUCAAGGAAUUGAAAUUUUCGGUGGAAGAGCCAGAAAAUGAUCCAGCAAAUGAUAACCCAGACAUCGUCAUCCAGCUUUGCAAUGACAUUGUCAAGAAUAGACCUUCUCUCGAGUCGCUAUCCUUUGGUCCUCUCACCUUGGAAAAUGCAGCUGACUUCAGCCAAUUCAUUGCUUCUUCAUCCUCGGUAAUCACAACCCUUUCCUUGGCAGCUAUUUCUAUUGGGAGUCGUUGGUGUAUUCACGAACUUCCAGCAGACUGCGUCCUGGAGGAGUUUUCAUUGUACAACUCGAACCUCAGUAUGGCUUGGGUAAAGGGUCUCUUGCUGCAACUAAUUGGAGACUGUCUCUCUCUCAGAAAGCUCAAGCUCGAAGAGGCUGAUUACAUUACAGAACAGGAUGGCUGGAGCCCGCCAGAUGUCAUGGAGGUGCUCGGUGCAGCGUUGGAGAAGAAUCGGCUGGAAAGCUUCAUCGUAAAGUCAGCUUGCGUAGUUGAUAUGGAAGGAAUCUCGACAUUGCUUGCCAAGAACAACGCCAUGAAACAGCUACUGCUUCGCAGCUCGCCUUCUUGGCAACCAACUGAGAGUCUCUCCAAGACGCUCGCCAAGAAUGUCACUCUCGUUGAGCUGGAUACAGCAUCAUGGGUGUCAGAUAUGUCUGAUGAUGCAAAGAAGAUUGAGUACUAUGUCACGCUGAAUCGCUUUGGGCGGGGACAACUUCAAGGCGAAAAACUAAAGCUGGAGACACUGGUUCGUCUGUUGGAAGAGGUGGCAGACGAUGAAUCCAUGGAAGUCGACUACCCACAAGUCGGCGUGCUCUUUGGUCUGUUGAAUGAACGCCCCGGUCUUUGGGCUGCACCCGGGAAAUGGUCUGUGGGAUCCAGUCCAACGAAAGGGAAAUAA